AUGAUACGAGCUCCAAGAGCGCUAUGGAGCAAACCUGCAUCCGCACAGAGCCGCUUGGGUGCGAGCUGCUACUCUUAUAAGACAUCACCGGUUGGUCGAAUAUACCUGCCUGGCUCGGCCUCAAAACCUACCUGGUCCAGUCAGAAGACUUUGCGCGGUCCAUGGCCACGGUCGUAUCUCGCAGCUAAACCGAGGUGGCUAUCAUCCUCAGCACCGGCUACACCGUCAUCAGCUACCUCUCAGCAGGAUCUACCCAUCGUCUAUACACCUCCUAGCACCGGCAUCAUCUCCAAACUGCCUCCUUCGUGGAUUCCCUACGCCGAGCUGAUCCGCCUCGACAAACCGGCUGGAACAUACUAUCUCUUCUUCCCGUGCAUGUUUUCGACACUGCUUGCCGCGCCAAUGGCGGUGCCAGUGGCAUCCCCGGUCGAGGUCAUCUCUACAACGGCACUGUUCUUCACCGGCGCGCUGAUUAUGCGAGGAGCCGGCUGUACCAUUAAUGAUCUGUGGGACCGCAACCUGGACCCUCAGGUCGAACGGACACGGCUACGGCCGAUUGCCCGAAAGGCGAUUUCGGUGGAAAACGCAGUUGUCUAUCUAGGGGCCCAGCUCCUUGCCGGGUUGACUCUUCUCUUGCAAUUUCCGCUCCCAUGUCUGUACUAUGGUGUGCCGAGUCUGCUCCUGGUCGCGACUUAUCCUUUGGCGAAGCGGGUGACGCAUUAUCCUCAAUUCGUCCUCGGCCUGACUUUCUCAUGGGGAGCCAUCAUGGGGUUUCCUGCAUUGGGGAUCGAUCUCCUGUCAAAUUCUGCCGCGCUGGCCGCCGCCGCCGCCCUGUAUUCCAGCUGUGUGGCAUGGACGCUGACUUAUGACAUGAUCUAUGCCUACAUGGACAUCAAAGACGACGCCAAAGCAGGCAUCAAAUCCAUCGCCCAAGCACACCAGCAUCAUGCAAAGACCGCCCUUUCCCUCUUCUCGGCAACCCAGGUAGGGCUACUCGCAACGGCGGGAUACUUCGCCGGGGCCGGCCCUGUCUUCUUCCUCGGGAGUUGCGGAGGCGCGGCGGUGACGCUGGCCACCAUGAUUCGGCGGGUGGACCUGAAAGACGUCAAGGAUUGUUGGUGGUGGUUCAGGAACGGAGCCUCGCUCACAGGAGGAGCAAUCUCUAUCGGGUUGCUCGGGGACUACCUCUACCGCCGCGCAAAAGAGGAAUCGAGGGAUUCGGAACAGCCGAUUCAGGCGUGA